AAGUCUCACCACUUCAACUUGACCUCCGCACAGCAACACUUCACUUCAACCUAACGGAUACAUCGUCUUUCAUACAGGUCGCUGACCGGAAUCUGUCACGAUGGGCGCCACCAAGGAGGUCAAGGAGAAGAAGCUGACUCCCGAUGAGUCGUCCAAGCUCAUCCUCAAUUACCUACGCAAGACCAACCGCCCGUACUCCGCCACAGACAUCAGCACCAAUCUCAACAACAAAGUUACCAAAGCCGCUGCCACGAAGCUGCUGAAGGACAUGCAUGAGCGAAACGAGAUCGAUGGCAAAGCUUCCGGCAAGCAGAUCGUCUACUUUGCUAUCCAGGACGAGGUAGACGAGCACUUCGAGGAGACGAUGCAAGCCAAAGAAGCCGAGACCGAACGCCUCAGAACUGAGAUCAUAUCGCUGAAGACCGAAGAGAAAGAGCUUCGCCUCGCUUUGCGAGCUGAAUCUACGAUCGUCACGACGGCAGAGCUGAGGAGUAAUGCCGAGAAGCUGGAGCAAGAAAAGGUCGAACUUCAAGAGAGGUUGGCGAAACUGAAGAGUGGGAAAGUCAAGCCUGUAGACCCGGAGAGGAAGGUACAGAUUGUUGCGGCGAGGAAGAAGUGGGCAAAGAUCGUGGCGAACAGGAAGAAGAUUCGGAAGGAGUUGUGGGGUAUGAUCUUGGAUGCUACGGAGAAGGAUAAGGUGGCGGAGAGAAAAGAAGAGGUGGGAAUCGAAGGGGAUAUCUGAGCCGAUGAGAUGUUGGGGACAAGGUCCUGGCAAAGACGUCAGUAAGAUGGAGUGGUGCAUUACCUUGAAGUGGAAUAUUGGCAGGGCUACUGUCUCGCAGACGUUGCCUGUACUGGCCCUUCGACCGAUGUCCUGUUCCUGUUUCGCGUUGCGACGGCUCUUAUACUGUAGUGGAUGCUAUUCUACACCGAGCGAUUCGCGAAGUUUGGAAGCUAUUCUU